UAAUCGGAUUGAAUUGUGCCCUCUUUGCUUCUCCAGCUUUGAGAUUUCAUUUUAUCCAUCAAAAUCUGAACCUGCUUCUAAAUUUCUAACUAUUUUUCCAGGUAUCUCCCGCUCUCUCUCCCACACACGUUCAUCUGGAUUUUUUAAUGGAGCCUAUUGCAGUUCUUGUAUAUUGAUUUAUCUGACGCCACACAACUCAGAGAGAGAAGUCAUGGACCUUCAAACUCCAUGUAACGCCUGUACAUUGAUUAACCGAAAACCAGCAUCUCCUAAACUCUCAUUUUCCAGAAACAACGUCAGCAUGCGCAAAUACCGAUGUAAAACGGUUUCAGAGCUCCAAUCAACAGCCUCUGUGAACGGGGGUGCCAGCCCCUCUCCGGUUCCAUCGCACAAAAUCACGGUACAUGACCGUCAGCGCGAUGUCGUCCAUGAAUUUUAUGUCCCUGAGGACCAAUAUAUCUUGCACACUGCAGAGGAUCAGGAUAUAAAGUUACCUUUUGCUUGCAGACAUGGUAUUGGGUAUGCGCUUUUGUGUGUUGGCUUCCCAUCGUCUGACCUGGAGGUUGAAACGCAAGACGAGGAUGAGGUGUAUUGGCUACAAUUUGGCAGAUAUUUUGCUCGUGGACCUAUUGAAAGAGAUGACUAUGCAUUAGAAUUGGCCAUGGCAGAUGAGUAAGGUACGAUCUAUCUAGUGAAAAGCAAUGUAGUUGUGUAUUAAUCCACUCACAUAUUUUUCGAAAUAUAGUCUGAAUUUCAUGAAUAUAUAACCCAAAACGAUGUUGUCUUUACAAUAACUAACUUGAGAUGUCUUCUCAUAAAGAAACAUUAUUCUCAA